CGCACAAAGAAGAUUCUUUAUUUAACCCAACUAUAAAUACGCUUCUAUUAACAAUAAAAAUUUAGUAUACAUCGCGACUUCAACUUAAAACAAACACAAUGAACUUCCUUUUCUUGGCAGCUCUGGUGCACUUGGCUCGUGGUGGUAUUGUUAGUGAGGACCAUGGUAUCCAGCACCACGAAAGGGCUACUUCAUACCAGAACAUCCACAUAGAGCAUUUCCACCCCGUUCCCACCUACGUCAAGAAAGAAGACGUCCACCUACUCAAGCAUCCGAUAUCUCUGGGAACCAGUUCUUCCAAGGUCGAAGUUCACCACGGAGACAAACACGACCACGGAUACGGGUUUGCUACUUCUGAUAAUAAUAUUCACGGGCAUGGUUUCGACGGAUUUGAUGGCUUGUCAGCUGGUCAUGAAGGUGCAGCUCAGGUCAAUUACCAAGUUCACGAUCAAGAAGAUUAUUCCCAGUAUCAAGGGCAACUAGGGGAUGAAGGGGCGGCGUUAGGUCACUUUCAGCUGGGUUCGAGUGUUCCAGGAUAUGGAAGUGUGGAAACGGGACAUCUCCAAUAUGACAAUCACGAGUCGUGAUAAUUUAUGGUAGUUUUUCACUUUCGUUCUAAUUUAUUAACUUAUUUGGUAUGCAGAGUGACGAAAGUGAAAUCUCAAAUGGUCACUGUUUUCUUAAUUUCUUAACGACUUUUCUUCGUUCCUGAUAUUUAUUUUGUGUUAUCUGUGCACCAGAUUUUAUAAAUUUUAUAAUAAAGUUAUUUUAAAAAAUA